AUGUCGCUUUUUGACAGAAUGACUACUUCUCCAGAAGCCGCACGACAAUAUAGAGAAUUUUGCAUCUCAAAGAAGAGAGAAGUAUGGGAAGCGUUGAUUCAGUACUCAAAACAGGCGAAACACAUUGAAAAGGUGUACGAUAUGACGACAGUGUUGCAGCGAGUCCAACAAGAAUGCCUGGUGUUCGCUCUAGACAACGGAAUCGGAAAUCCAGACGUCCACCACGCCGCCGAACUUAUCUUCCCACUUUCCAUGCAAAAAGUCGUCAUUCAAGUGCUCCGACCGUAUUUUCUAUCGCAUUGGGCCAAUUUUCGAUUAGCCGGCUACAAUCCAAUCCGGAAAAUCGAUCAUGGCAUCGAUUUGAACGAAGAUCUGUGGACCGAUCAGAAGAAGGAGCGGAAUCAGCAAUAUGUGCAUGAUUUCACCGCAUUUGUCAACGAAUUAAAAACGGGAAUCGUCAACGCGAAUCGACACAUCAACGCAGCAGUAUCCCUGUACAUUCGAGAGCUCGCCGCCUCGAUGGUCAUGCACGAGAAACAGGCAUUUGAUAACGAAUUGAGAUGCUCAAUGCUCCAAGAAUACAUGGAGAGUCUUCGAAUUUGGGCGGAUGCGAUGACGCUGCAGGAUGCGUAUCACUUGGUUUCCGAUCAGAUUUAUAAGGAUGUCUUUCAGAUGUUGUCCAAGAAUGCCUACGAAAUGGUUGCCGUGCAAUUCCCGCAAAAGUUUCGCGAGAUCAUCACAAUGAAGUAUUGCCUCAUGAAAACUGGAAACUAUGGUAGAGACGCACUCACGAAACGUCUCAUUUUCUCGGUGGAAACGAAUCUCCUGAUUGCUUCCGUCGACACGAAAACCAUCCUCCAAGCGUACGCUUCCUGCGUCGAGGCUCUUCGUGAGAUGGACAGCAGCUGUGUGGUGAUGCACAAAGUUUGUGGAGUGAUUCGAGAGUAUUUGAAACGCCGGCCGGACACUGUCCAACAAAUCAUCACCUAUAUCACGUCGAGCAAGAAGAAUGAGCUGGAAAAGGAUAUGUCAAAAACGGUCCGAUCGGCAAUGAUGGACGAGGAGGAGUUGCGCGGUGUGAAUGACGAUUUUCUGCCGGAAAAUAUGGAAUGUAAAGGAUGGGACACGUGGACACCGAAUCCGACUGAUGCCAAUGUUGGCGACGGAGCCCCAGGACGACAAGGAGUCGACGUGUUCAACAUGCUUGUUUCGGUGUACGGAUCCAAGGAAUUGUUUGUGAAGGAGUACCGUAAUCUGCUAGCCGAGAGACUGUCAGGAUCCGAUAAGAAGGAUGCAUUCUUCGAAAAACGCUAUCUGGACCUUCUGAAGCUCCGUUUUCAAUACAGUGAGCUCCAACACUGUGAAGUGAUGCUCCGUGACGUCAUGCAGAGCCAAGAGAUCGAUUGUCGAUGCGAGAAUGUGCGAGAAUUGACGCCUGGAAUGAUUCCAGUGUCCGGAUGCGUCGCUUCCAGUCACUAUUGGCCGAAACUCGAGCAUGAGACAACGACGAAGGAGCUGGCGGAUCUCUACCCGCCGUCAUUGCUCGCGGCGGUCGCCGCCUACGAGGGCAUGUAUGCUAUGAAUAAACGCGAUCGGAAGAUGUUUGUCUACAAAUGUGUUGGAUGUAUGGAGCUGGAAAUCGAGGUGGACGGUGUGAAAAUCGAGCGAACCAUUCCGAAUGCAUUCGCUCAAGCCCUUCUUCUAUUCCUGGAAAAAGAGAACCCAGUGAUCAGCAGCGACACAUGGUCGUUGACUAAAAACGCCGCCGGCAUCCUCCCGAAUCAGGCCGGCGCUCCAGAAGUAGCCGACGAUGAAGACGUCGAGCCAGAAGAGAAUUCGGAUAUGGUCGACGCGUUGGAACAGUAUUGGGGAUACACCAAAAAUUAUAUUGCGAAUCACUCCCCGAACGGCGAGGUGAAAGCCGAGCGGAUGCAUCGUGUCUACAGAAUGUUCGGUUCUCCAACGUCCGCCGGUCCCAGCAUCGAUCACGUCACGGCGUUCCUUCAGAGGAAAGUGGCACUGGGUCUUCUGACAUGUAUCAACGGAUCGUAUCGUGUGGUGGAGGAGAAGAAGAAAGCCAACGAGAAUCCAGAGGGACAAUGA